AUGGCUCCCAAGGGCAAUAUUACCACCCGGCUCAACCCGCUCCGCCUCAACACCAUCAACCACCUCCGUGUCCGCCGGCCGAACCAGAAUGAGCAGAAUGCGUGCGUUACGGUCAUGUCAUCGAUGCUGAGUACGUAUUUCCCUGGCCCGUUGCAUUCAGGCUUGCCCAGGCACCGAUUGAUGCCGAGCUUGCCUGGAUACAAGCGGGCAGCUACAACAAUUGUCGAACUCCUCACAUUGGAUGAACUGCUGACCACAGUGUGCUGCAACCAGACUGCUGGGCUUCCCAAGGGUACGGCCACGAGGGCUGCGCCGCUCUUGAGGCGCAAUUGCGCAAGUGCAUGGACGCACCGGUACGUUUCACCUUCUGUAUUCUUCCACCUCCCCCAACAACCCGCUGACAAUCCCUCUCGCACCCUCCAGAAAUCACAAGAGAAGAAGAAGAACACUGUCAACUACCACUUGAUGAGAAUGUACCCUAAGGUCGUGGGGCCGCGCAAGAAGGACGGUGUUCUGGGGUAA